GUUCGAUCGGCAAUCUCCGGCCGACGAUUGCCGAGCGCACAUUACUAUUUUCAGGCACACAAGGCACCUCUUGACGGGUUUUCAAUAAGUGAAGAGGGCGACGGUGCGAGGGACCUGGAUUUUUUUCCUUUUUUCAUUGAAAUUUUUACGUGCGGUGGAUGCUGAAAUUAUAGUGGGCUGUGGGUGCGUACGCGAUAAAACGUACGAUGCUCGAGGAAAUCUCGUCGAUGCUUAACGCGUAACAGUCUGUCGGUCGGUUCCGGCAAAAAUGAAAGAAGCUCGUCGGUCCGAGCAGCUGAUGGCGGCCGAGUGCUGUUCAAGCCUCUGUGUCGUCCCCCAUCGCGGCGUUUAAGUGAGUGUGUGCGUUCGGCUGCGCGUACGGAGUGCGGUUACCGCGUGCGGUACGAGAAAGAUAAUUCUGCUAAAAGAUAGAUUUUGCGUCGGCGAGAGGACCGCCUCCUAGACGGGUCUACGAGCUAUUUCGUAACGGUGCUUUUUCUCUCGCGCGACUCUCGGAACCCGACACGCAGGCAGGCACAACACGGUAAGCCUGCUACACAGCCGUUUUCUCCUCUCCAACGCUGUGAAUCGAAUAUACGUAAAAUUGUGUGGCUGAGCACUGCAACGUAUCAUCACCGGUGUCUGGAUUUCAGGUGACGCGUAAUCCACGUACGACCAGCGAGGAGAGACACGGUAUCGCUUCUCUGUGCAGCACGGUGUAGGUGGGAGAUUCGACGUACGACGACGGGGCGUGCGUUCGCGUGUGACAACGCCUAACAAGCGAUCGCGCCCCUGUACUCGCAGCCCGAUACAAGGAGACGUGCCGGGCGAUUCCCUUGCGAAUUUCGAUCGAACUUGUAAACUUAAUGGAUCUCGUCGAUUGAGCAAGUCACCCUCGGCCAGCACGUUGUCCUGCCGCACGGAAAAAUAUCCUCGUGCUAUGCACGCGCGAUCAUUAAGUUUCACCCCUCUCCGGCUCAGGAACGUCUGAACAGUAGGUUACCGUGUCCAGGGACACACCACGUGCGGUUUCGUAACUCGUGCAGUGUCGCUUUGUCCCAUUGUGAGUGUAGUGAGUUUAUCCUCGUCUACGCGGAAUGCGGCCUCCUAGGGGUGGACGCAAGCCUCUUUAGUCACGUCCAGCGCCGGUAAAGGGCAGCAGAGGAACGAACGUAUCUCCAGCGUUCAACUUCCCUCCAGCUCUCACGGUGCCUCUGCUAAUACCAACAUGUCGUCAGCGAACUUUGUGGACCGGAUAGAUCCCUUCUCCAAGAAAUCUCUCAAGAAGAGGUCCAAGAGGUCACAGGGCUCAUCACGCUAUCGUACCUGCCAAGAAGUUGAGCUUCCACAGUUACCGCAGUUCAAAGAUGUUGUAUCAUCAGAGCAAGAAGAAUUGUUCAUCAAAAAGCUCAGACAAUGUUGUGUGACCUUCGAUUUUAUGGAUGCAACAUCAGAUCUUAGGGGUAAAGAAAUUAAACGUAGUACACUUACUGAAAUGGUGGAAUACAUCACAACUGGCCGGGGAGUCCUUACUGAACCUGUCUACCCAGAAAUCAUUAAAAUGAUUUCUGCAAAUCUGUUUCGCACAUUACCACCUAGUGAAAAUCCAGAUUUUGAUCCAGAAGAGGACGAUCCGACACUGGAGGCGAGCUGGCCCCACCUUCAGCCGGUUUAUGAAUUUUUUCUACGUUUCCUUGAAUCUUCAGAUUUUCAACCUACAAUUGGCAAAAGAGUUAUUGACCAAAAAUUUGUUUUACAGUUAUUGGAGUUGUUUGAUUCUGAAGAUCCUAGAGAAAGGGAGUUGCUAAAAACUGUCUUGCAUCGUAUUUAUGGGAAGUUCCUUGGCCUUAGAGCCUUCAUACGCAAACAGAUCAAUAAUAUUUUUUUGAGGUUUGUGUAUGAAACGGAGCAUUUCAAUGGAGUUGCAGAACUUCUUGAAAUUUUGGGUAGCAUUAUAAACGGAUUUGCUCUUCCUUUAAAAGUUGAGCAUAAGCAAUUCCUGGUUAAGGUGCUGUUACCACUACAUAAAGUGAAGUGCUUAUCAUUAUACCAUGCACAGUUAGCUUAUUGUGUGGUACAGUUUCUUGAAAAGGAUGCUACUUUAACAGAACCUGUUAUACGAGGCCUCCUUAAAUUCUGGCCUAAAACGUAUAGCCAGAAGGAGGUAAUGUUCCUUGGUGAAAUUGAAGAAAUCUUGGAUGUCAUAGAACCUACCCAAUUUGUUAAAAUACAAGAACCUUUGUUUAGGCAAAUUGCACGUUGCGUAUCCUCGCCACACUUUCAGGUUGCUGAAAGAGCAUUAUAUCUUUGGAAUAAUGAGUAUAUAAUGUCUUUAAUUGAAGAAAACAAUCAUGUUAUAAUGGGAAUUAUGUUCCCGGCCUUGUAUAGAAUUAGCAAGGAACACUGGAAUCCUACAAUUGUAGCUCUUGUUUAUAAUGUUCUUAAAACAUUUAUGGAAAUGAAUAGCAGGCUUUUUGAUGAACUUACUGCCAGCUAUAAGUCUGAAAGGCAAAAAGAAAGGAAGAGAGAAAAGGAAAGGGACGAAAUGUGGAAGAGACUGAAUGAAUUGGAGGUAGAACGACGUAAUGCCCUUACAGUGAACUCCAAUUCUUUCAACACUCCAGUUCUUGCCACUACCGCACCUACGACACAAGUCCGCCCCUGAGCUGGUGGAAAUACACUACCACGCUGCCCGAUCAUUAGUCCUUAGUUUACGUCGAUUGUCCAUAUACUACAUGCAAAAAUUACUGUUGUUAGCAAAGCAAAGUGUUUCACAAUGGCAUUCUUGACGUAAUGUAAUUC